AUGGAUUCAGAAGACGGAGGGUUGUUCAUCAAGCAACUUGCUGCCUUUGUGCGCACACACGAAAAGGCCCUUGCCAACGCCUUCCAGCCUCAGCGGCGCGACGUGCGUCACCGGGCCACGCAGAGCACGAGCUCUGCCACGCUCUCGCAGUCUGCGACGUUUCCAGAACGUCCGUCGACCGCAAUCUCAAACUCCAGCUCGUUCGCCAGCUCUCUCUCUCUGGGACCGCUCAACUUCGGUUCGCAUGGCGUCAAAUCGGCAAAGCUGGCCCUCACCCCCCACCACCUGUUCUACCUGCUUUCUCGGUUCGAAGAAUUGGGUAUCAAUGUGGGGCCCAUGAAGGUUCGCUUGGAGGAUCUCCACGACAGCUCAUCGUCUGCAAACUACGUGUCAUUUCUCAGCAACACCCAGCGGUCUAGAAGCCACAGCUCUGAUGUCGGCUCCAUCCACUCCGUCUCCAGCAUCCGGAGCGUCAUGUCUGGCAUGUCUGCCCUGUGGGCCAGCUUUGGCAUCGGCUCCAGCAUCUCGGCGUCCCGGACGGAGCGCCAAAAGGCCGCCCUUGAGGCCGACAUGAAGUAUCUGUAUUCCGCCUUCACCAAGAUCCCCUGUCUCCGUCUGGCCCCUGAUUGGCGAGCCCGGCUCAUCAAGGGCUACGAGGAGUUCCCCUUCGACUCCGCGGUCCCCCUGUACGUGUUCAAGAACGUCCAGGCCCUGGAAGUGAGCAACAUUGAUUUUCGUCAAUUCUUCGGCUGGGACCGCAUGGCCGACCAGCUCCGCUCGCUUACGCUCAAGCAUGCUGGCAUUGAGGACCCCGCCGAUAUCCUGAUCGACAUCGUCCUGGACGAUAUGGACAAGCGGCGGCGACGGACAUCCAAGGCGCAAUCGUCGCCGUCAAUACCGUGGAGCGGGAGCCAUAGCCCCCGCAAGAGCCCAACAAUGCCCGGUCGUGAGUUCUCGCGAUCGGCGUCCAUUCCCGGCUCGCCCGACGCUCGGGCUUCUCUGGGUGAACUUCACGUUGGCUCCGUGGGGCCCAGCGAGACUGCCAAGGGCUCUCGGCCAAGGAGCAACUCCCCGUCCCGCCCGUCCAGCUCUCGUAAUCUUUCCAACCACCACGUCCGAUCCCAGCAGAGGAUUCGGCGCUCAGGGUCCGGUAGUUCCAACUCCAGCCUGUCGGACUCGUGGUACCAUCACCAUGCCAGAGGCAGCUCUGCGAACCUCCUCGGCAACAUGAUCCUGCCCUCUUCCAAGUGGCGCUUCCUGCGACACCUCAGCUUGGCCGAUAACCCCAUGACGUCGAUUCCCGCGUCCAGUCUGGCUCCUCUGUCCAACACCCUCUUCUCUCUCGACUUGUCAUCGAACCUCUUCAGCCAGAUCCCGGACAGCCUCUCCACCCUCACGGCUCUCCGCGCCCUCAACCUCUCGCAUUGCAUGAUUGACUCUCUGCACUCCCUGACCCGAAACCCCCUUCCAGCCAUUACGGCUCUCAACCUGCGGGCCAAUAGACUGCAAUCUCUCGCCGGCAUCGAGAAGCUGUACCCUUUGGAAAGGCUGGACCUUAGAGACAACCGGCUUACGGACCCCAAGGAGCUCGCACGCUUGACCGGAAUUCCGGACAUUCGUGAGAUCUGGGUCGAGGGCAACCCCUUUACCCGCACCCACAAGGAUUACCGCCUGACCAUUUUCAACCUUUUCCGCAUGACGCCGGGCUACACCGAGGACAUUGUCAUUGACGGCUCCUCCCCCAGCUCUGCGGAGAAGCGCGUGCUGGUCGACCGAGUCCCGAUUCCCGAGUCGGUCCCCGUGGUGAAGCCGAUCGGGGCCGAGAUGCGAGGCGUCGAUGUAAGCAAGCCCAACGUCGUCUACAGCGCUGUCAAGGAGGCGUCCGUUCUACGCAAGGAACGGCCCGUGCCAAAGGCCAUCGCCAGCGAAAUCAACACGACCUCGACGCGGCGCCGCAGGAACACCAAGCGACGCAUUGUCGAGGUUCCAGCCAGUGAUAAGACGCCAAUGCCCUCGUCGAUCGAUGUGCGCAGCCCGAGCUUUCCCAUUGCCUCUCCUAUUGACCCUUCCAUGGACGGCCACUAUCGCAUUUCCCAAGCGUCAAGAACGCAGCCGCCCUCGCCUCACAUGACAUAUCCCAAAAUCCACGAACGUGGUAGCGGCGGCUUCUCUCCGGAGAAUGGCCAUGCGAAUGGUGCCGCCCACGCCGACCGCAUCUUCAACACGAGCGAUAUCCAGCAGCAGGACUGGGACGCCGAGGGCGAGCUCUAUCGUCGCAAGAUCGAAGCCCUGCGUGACAAGGUCGGCGAAGGCUACCUGAGCGUGCUGAGCGAGGAAGGCUGGGAUUCGAACAACAUCUUUGGCUCACCAAACAUACCCGCCAGCACUGCUGCACUUUUGGCAACCCAUCACGCUCCGCCCAUGCAAGCCGUCCACGGUGGCCACUCAUGAUACCCCGGUUGCAACCAAGUCCAGUGCCUUUACAGACUCGAUACUCACUUCUCAAUGAUACCCCGCCGAUACCAUUUCUACGUCUUCAUACAAGUUUUGCCCACUUCAUUCAGAUGACCGAUGCAACCCUACGUAUACGUCCUUUUUACCUCUUCCCGCAGCUGGUUUGAACGAGCCGGGCUAUCCUUUUGCUUCUCCUGUCCAUUUACCGCUUGUUAUUUCACCUUGUCCUUUCUUUUUUUGCAGAUGCAAGGCUUGAUUUGGUAUCGUGUUGUUUUGUUUUUUUCCCUAUUUUCUGUUACGGAGCAUAGCGGAUGUGGCGUCACGGCUAGGACACGAAAGAUUGCUGUUGCCUGAGGGCUUGCUUGAAGCCAUUGUGUUUUUCCUUGAGUACUUGUGUCUACUUAUCCGGACGGUUUACUCCAAUGAUGUUCAGAGGCUGGGAAGGAAUAAAAAAAGUGGCUUGGCACGUAUUAACGCUGCAUGAAUUUUUGUUUUGGCAUGACCGUUUUCUUCUUGUCUUGGCCGAGAGCAACCGGUGGCAUGAGCUGGGUCUGCGAUUUCUUUCUUCUGUCUGCCUUGGAAACGGCGUUGCAGCGAGGGGAGACGGACACCCGUGUCUUGUGCUCCUCCGUCUUUGUAGCUUCGGGUCGGCACUCUAUCGCUUUUCAACGUCGAGAUGAUUUUGACAAACGGGGAAUAGGAGUGGAUAGACUGAUGAGCUGUUGGAAGGAAGAAUGAUACGCAUACG